CCGGAUGCGGCGUCCUCAACAACACCGGCUCAGCACGAGAACUCACUCAGCUGCAGGCCGAGAGAGCGGGCGUCAGGAUGGAGAAAUUGCUCGUGCUGGUCCUCGCCGGCGCCGUGCUGGUUUUUGUGUCAGAGGCGUCCCCGAUUCUGACGGAAAAGGAGGCCAAACAGCUCCUGAGGUCCCGGAGACAGGACAGGCCCAGCAAACCUGGAUUUCCCGAUGAGCCCAUGCGGGAGUACCUGCACUACCUCCUGGUCCUGGAGCACCGUGCUGAGGAGCAGUUCCUGGAGCACUGGCUGAACCCUCACUGCAAGCCCCACUGUGACAGGAACACGGUGUACCCGGUGUAGGGCUCAGGGGCCCCGGGCCACUUUUGAUAGGCAAUGACCUGGAUGAUGCUAACACAGGACAAAGCUCCUUCUUCCACCUGAAUUUAAACUGCGGAGGCCGAUGCCUUCAGACCUCAAGAUGCUGUGGGCCUCGUGGGCAUGCCAAAGGUUGCCUUGGGGAUAGAUGGCAAAUAUAUAUUCCGCUUUAUUUUACUAAUCUGCGUAAAUCAUUAAAACUAAUAGCUUCAAGUAUACAGCCCUAAAGGCUCUCCUACCAGUUUGUAAGUGUGAGAAGAAUCUGAGUCUUUCCUGGGGUGGGUGGAGCUGGGAUCCCCGAGGAUUUGGGGGAAGUCUUGCCCAGACAAAUGAGAUGUACUACUUAGGGCUAUUGAGAUUUGGUUGUCUAUUUUUCCUCUGUAUACUGCACUAAUAAACGUUGGUGUUAAGUUUG